CCCUCCCGCCAGGCCUUGCCGGACCCAGCGCCUUCUCCCUGUCACCCGCUGUCGCCUCGGGCGGGGAUCGGUGCCCCGGAGCGCAAAGCCUGACGCGAUCCCCCUCUCCCCCCCCCCCACCCCCACCUCCCACCACCCAGGCCCUGGCGGCGAUGAGACAGAGCGGCGCCUCCCAGCCCCUGCUGAUCAACAUGUACCUGCCAGAUCCCGUCGGAGACGGUCUCUUCAAGGAAGGAAAGAGCCCGGGGUGGGGGCCGCUGAGCCCCGCAGUACAAAAAGGCAGCGGCCAGAUCCAGCUGUGGCAGUUUCUGCUGGAGCUGCUGGCUGACCGCGCGAACGCCGGCUGCAUCGCGUGGGAGGGUGGCCACGGCGAGUUCAAGCUCACGGACCCAGACGAGGUGGCGCGGCGCUGGGGCGAGCGCAAGAGCAAGCCCAACAUGAACUACGACAAGCUGAGCCGCGCGCUGCGCUACUACUACGACAAGAACAUCAUGAGCAAGGUGCACGGCAAGCGCUACGCCUACCGCUUCGACUUCCAGGGCCUGGCGCAGGCCUGCCAGCCGCCCCCCGCGCACGCUCACGCCGCCGCCGCCGCCGCCGCCGCCGCCGCCGCCGCCGCCGAGGGCGCGCUCUACAAGCUGCCGCCCAGCCUGGCCCCACUGCCCUUCCCCGGCCUCUCCAAACUCAACCUCAUGGCCGCCUCGGCCGGCGUCGCGCCCGCCGGCUUCUCCUACUGGCCGGGUCCGGGCCCCGCCGCCGCCGCCGCCGCCACCGCCGCGCUCUACCCCAGCCCCGGGUUGCAGCCCCCGUCCGGGCCCUUCGGCGCGGUGGCCGCCGCCUCGCACCUGGGGGGCCAUUACCACUAG